AUGGAAGACUUUAGCAACAACAACGACAUGAACACCAACGCCUCAGGGGAUGCCUCGUAUUACGUCAUGAAGGUCAUGGAACUGGCCUUGACCAACAUCUUGGCACCGGUCAUAACCCUGAUCGGCGUCUUCUCGAACAUUCUCACGGUUUUCGUCUUCAUCAAACUCGGGCUCAAAGAUGGCGUCACGGUGUCGCUGUGUUUACUCAGCGUGUUUGACUUGAUAUUUUACCUCUUUAAUUUGGUGACACUAAUUUUGUUGCUGGUCAAAAAACUGACCGGAAGUUGGUCUGUUGACCCGCUGACCAUCGUCCUAUUCCUGGUGCCUUACCACCGGAUGUUCUACGACCUGGCCAACCUGGUCACGUGCUACAUCGCGGUGGCCAGGUGCUGCUGUGUGGUCAUGCCGCUCCAGUUUAAAUACACCUUCAGUAAAUACAAAACAUGGGCGGUCAUCGGAGUCAUCUCCCUUUUUUUCUGCGCCGAGUACUUCCCCUUGUUCGUCACACAAAGGUUAAGCGAGCAAUAUUACCCGAGUCUAAACCUUACAAAAAUUGAGAUAGUGUAUUCUGCGAACCGCGAAAACCUGGUGAAAAUUCUCAUGGACAUUUUAAACAGAAAUGUCCUUCUGGUUCUAACAUUUCUAGUUUGUUUCAUCUGUCUGUUGAUCAUAACACACGGGCUACGGAAAGCCUCAAUAUUUCGAAAUUCCGUCAAAACCGGAGCGGAAUCAGGUCAGAAAGCCAAGUCCAGCAAACACGUCACUCUGUCAACGUCCGACCUGCAGGUCAUCAAGGGCAUCGCAGUGGUCCUGCUCGUCUUCAUCGCCUGCAACCUGCCGGUCAUCGUGACGUCAAUGAGCCGCCUGCUGGUGCCGGAGCUAACGGUGGGCAAGCGCUACAACAACAUGUACUUCCUAGUGACCAACAUCAGCAACUUCAUCCUGGCCGUGUCUGGUUCCUGCUACUGGCUCGUCCACUACAGGUUCAACUCGCGCUACAGGCGAACAUUGCUGGUCGUGCUAGGCUACAGGAGGGGCACACAGCCGGUGGUGGCAUCCACAGAUUGA